CGCAACUUAAUGUCGUUUCCGUGAGCAUUUAGCGUCUGUACUGCUACACGUGUAUGGAUAGUCAUAACUUAAAAUAAGUUAGGAACAUAAAUUUAUAAUUUAUAAUAACAUAAUUUUUAAAAUGGGAAAGCCAGGAUUUUCACCAGGCGGUGGUGGAUUUAGAGGAGGCAGAGGAGGUGGUAGAGGAGGAGGUGGACGAGGAGGAGGUGGUGGACGUGGUGGCGGAAGAGGAGGAGGAGGUGGACGUGGUGGUGGAAGAGGUGGAGGUACUCCACGGGGACGUGGAGGUAGAGGUGGAAGAGGAGGACGUGGUGGAGGUAGUUUUAAAGGUGGCAAAACUGUAGUCAUAGAACCACAUCGUCACGAAGGUGUCUUUAUAGCAAGAGGAAAAGAGGAUGCAUUAGUUACUUUAAAUUUGGUACCAGGUUCAGAAGUAUAUGGUGAAAAGAGGAUAAGUGUGGAGGGAGAGAAUGGUGAAAAAAUUGAAUAUAGAGUUUGGAAUCCUUUUAGAUCAAAGUUAGCUGCAGCUAUACUUGGAGGAGUAGAUCAAAUUCACAUGCCUCCUGGAAGCAAAGUUUUAUAUUUAGGUGCUGCAUCUGGGACUACAGUAUCACAUGUAGCAGAUGUUGUUGGUCCAGAAGGAUUAGUAUAUGCCGUAGAAUUUUCUCACAGAUCUGGUAGAGAUCUUAUAAAUGUUGCUAAGAAACGAACAAAUAUUAUUCCAAUAAUUGAAGAUGCGAGGCAUCCUCACAAGUACAGAAUGCUUAUUGGAAUGGUAGAUACAAUAUUCGCUGACGUGGCGCAACCUGAUCAAGCUAGGAUAGUAGCUUUGAAUGCCCAAUAUUUCCUGAGGAAUGGAGGUCAUUUUGUUAUUUCUAUUAAGGCGAGCUGUAUAGAUUCUACAGCUCAACCUGAAGCAGUAUUUGCCUCGGAAGUAAAAAAAUUAAUAGCUGAUAAACUGAAACCACAGGAGCAAAUCACAUUGGAACCAUAUGAAAGAGAUCAUGCUGUUGUAGUUGGAGUUUAUAGGCCGCCACCUAAAAACGCUACCUAAAAUUAUGCAUAUGUAUAUAUGUUUUAUUUAAUUGUUAAGAUAACAUUAUAAUGACUAUGAAUAUAUGCAAUAAAUUUUAAUUACGAAUGAAGAUAUGAAAUUAAUCUGUAAUAUAAUGUAAAGUAAGCAGUUAUUCAGAUGAUUCGAACAGUUUCUACAAACAGAAUUUGUUUCAUUAUUGUAUCUGUGCAUUUUGUAUACAGAAAAAGACGCACACGUACGAAUGUUUAAUACAAAAUUUAUAUUUUAAAUAUCAUAUGAUCAGUUCAUUUAUACUUUCAUACAAAUAAACGAAUUUUAAAAGCCA